CUUGUCUCAACGUGGGCAUGUCUGUGUAAGCUCGGUUUGAAUUGAAUCACGUUAACACAGUUAACUUGUAAGUUUUAUCUCAAUUAACUCGUUCGGUGCGGAUUUGUUGCAUGAACUGAAUCCGGAACCUGGAGAGAAUCGACUGAGUGAAAAUGUCUCUGGUUUGCGCCAUCUCAAACGAGGUACCGGAGCACCCAUGCGUCUCUCCGGUGUCCAACCAAGUGUUUGAACGCCGUCUCAUCGAGAAAUACAUUGCUGAGAAUGGAGCUGACCCAAUCAACGGUCAGCCUCUGUCUGAGGAGCAGCUCAUCGACAUUAAGGUCACUCAUCCUAUUCGACCCAAGCCAGCUUCUGCCACCAGCAUCCCAGCCAUUUUAAAGUCACUUCAAGAUGAAUGGGAUGCAGUGAUGCUUCACAGCUUCACACUGCGCCAGCAGCUGCAGACAACCCGGCAAGAGCUGUCGCACGCCCUGUACCAACACGAUGCCGCCUGCAGAGUCAUCGCUCGUCUUACUAAAGAGGUCACGGCUGCAAGAGAGGCUUUGGCUACACUCAAACCUCAAGCUGGAUUGGUCGCUCCUCAGGCUGCUCCCGCCUCCCAGCCUGCUGCCGUGGGUGCGGGUGGAGAGCCCAUGGAAGUCAGCGAACAGGUUGGCAUGACUCCGGAGAUCAUACAGAAGCUGCAAGACAAGGCCUCUGUCCUGACCACCGAGAGAAAAAAGAGGGGCAAGACCGUGCCAGAGGAGCUGGUCAGAGGCGAGGAUCUCAACAAGUAUCGCCAAGUGGCUUCUCAUGCUGGUCUCCACAGCGCCAGUAUCCCUGGAAUCCUGGCUCUGGAUCUGUGUCCCGCAGACACCAACAAGGUGCUCACAGGUGGUGCGGAUAAGAACGUGGUGGUGUUCGACCGUCGUGAGGAGCAGAUCGUGGCCACGCUGAAGGGUCACACCAAAAAAGUCACCUCUGUCAUUUACCACCCAUCUCAGUCGAUGGUGUUUUCGGCGUCUCCAGACAGCACCAUCCGCGUCUGGUCGCUCCCAGCCAGUAACUGUGUGCAGGUUAUUAGAGCUCACGAGGCCGGAGUCACUGGACUCUCUCUGCAUGCUACUGGAGAUUACCUGCUCAGUUCCUCCGAGGAUCAGUACUGGGCCUUCUCUGAUAUCCAGACCGGUCGUGUUCUCACCAAAGUGACCGAUGAAACAGCAGGAUGUGCGCUGACCUGCGCCCAGUUCCACCCUGACGGUCUGAUUUUCGGUACCGGCACGGCCGACUCGCAGAUCAAGAUUUGGGAUCUGAAGGAGCGAACCAACGUGGCGAACUUCCCCGGCCACUCCGGCCCAGUCACUGCCAUCGCCUUCUCCGAAAACGGUUACUACCUUGCCACCGGUGCUCAGGAUAGCUCUCUGAAGCUGUGGGAUUUGAGAAAGCUGAAGAACUUCAAGACAAUCACGUUGGACAAUAACUAUGAGGUGAAGUCUCUGGUGUUUGACCAGAGCGGAACAUACCUGGCUGUCGGAGGGUCGGACAUCAGAGUUUACGUCUGCAAACAGUGGUCGGAGGUCCUCAAGUUCACCGAUCACUCGGGUCUGGUGACGGGCGUGGCGUUCGGUGAGCACGCCCACUUCCUGUCCUCCACUGGCAUGGACAGAAGCCUCAAGUUCUACAGCUUGUAGGGCGGAAGAGGAGCGGAUAAUGUGAAACAUGAUAAAGAAAUAGACAUUUUGGGGGGUUUAUUUAGUCCAAGAUCCACUUUAGUGAAAGCGAAAUAAAGUAGAACUCAAGCACAUGAAACGAAUUAGGACCCUGAUGUAUUUCUCAACCUCGAAUGUGUGGUUAAUUCAUUAAUUGGUGUAAAAGCUGAUUAUUCUGUAGUGGCAGGUGAACAUAUUUUCUCUCUGUGAUCUUUGGUCAUUCAUCAUAUGAUUUACACUUUUGUACUUCUGCAAGAUUUGUAGUUGAUGUUGAUUUUGCUUAUGUUUUCAUUUCUGCUCUGUACUCAGGGCAUUUUUUUUUUUUUUUUUUAGCUUAGUGAUGUUGCUCUCAGUCUCCUGCGCCUGAUGUUUAUACCCGGUUAUGAACUGAACCUGAAUGCAAAUUAGAUUUCAAUAAAGAAACAAUGAUGUUUUUA